AUGGUGUUGUGCGACAGUAUAAUAAUUAUACUGUCGCAUAACACCAUACUAAGGACUCUGUUCUCUAGAGACAGAAGUGAAGAAAAUAGUACAGUUUCGAAUGGCGUAUUCAAGUCAGCAACAAUAGUUCAACGGGCACAGAAGAAGGUUCUAUCAAAAGUCGUAUCUCGUGGUGUUAUCAAACAUUUCGUGAGUGAUGCGGCCACCAGAAUUUUUGAUGGCCUUUAUAUGUUAUUGAGUGCUUAUUACAACAAGGUUACUGCUGAAAAGGUUGUGAAAAAUAUAAUCAAAUUGGUCGUAAAAUUGGGUGUUGUAGUUCGCGGUGGAAAUUUUGGUAUAGAAGAAGAGAAUGAAUUGAAUAGUGUACAGAAACAAAUGCAUCAAUUAUGCUUAACAUUAAUAUCGUUUGGUAAAGUAGCCUAUUCAUAUGAUCGUAAUUAUCUCGUAUCGAUGCUUAAUGAAACACACAUGAAAAUCAAUCGAUUAGUGGUCAAAUCUUUAUUAAGUGAUAAAUCAAGAAAACGUCUUGACAUGGUUUUUGAACAUAUUUCAAAGGAGAAUUUACUGGAUCGAUUGUUCCGUGUUGAUGGUGAAUACACGACAUUGUUGGCAAGUUUGGUGAAUGAUUUGGAAACAUUAAUCGACAGUAAAGAUCUCUAG